AAAUCAAACUGUUGGGGGCACUUAGAAGAACAGUGGAAUAAUGGAUUAGAUAUGUAUCCACUUCUGCAUCUCCAUCAUCAUCCAUUCAUCAUCAUCAUCAUCAUCAUCAUCAUCAUCAGCCACCUUUCUACUUUGUCUGUUUCACAACUGCCCAAUCUACCUCCCAAAGUCGUCUCUUCCAUGUGAUACACUUCGCUUGGCUUCUUCUGCCUUUAGCUGUUCCCGUCUCAACGUUCGUACGUUAAAGUCUGAUUCCAGAGAAGAUAUGGAAGAUUCCACUAAGAGUAAUGCCGAUUCAGCUAAUCAGAAACAGAAUCCUAUUCUUGUAGAGGUAAACAACAUUGAGAAACAGCUAUGGACGUUAAUCCACUCAAAAGGUAUAAUGCAUCCAGAUGUUUCAGAACUAUACACUAAAUCAAUUUCCACUUACGAGCAAAUCUUUAAAAGCAAUCUCCAACAAGAAGAGCUUCAAGAAGUUGAGUUCUGUCUCUGGAAACUUCACUAUAAACACAUAGACGAGUUCCGUAAAGGGGUCAAGACAGAUUAUCCCGCCACUCAUAUGAAAGCAUUCAAAAUGUUUCUCUUAAGAGCCGCAGAGUUUUAUAGGAAUCUGAUCUUCAAAGUUGAGGAAUCUGGAUUCUUAUGCCACCGUUUCUAUAUCUGUCUUGGAGAUCUUGAAAGGUAUAAAGAACAGUAUCUGAAAACACAUGAGCAUCCUCCUAAUUGGUCAACUGCAGCUAGUUACUAUCUUGAAGCUGCAAAGUCUUGGCCUGAUAGUGGGAAUCCUCAUAACCAGCUAGCUGUGUUGGCUACUUAUGUUGGUGAUGAGUUCUUGGCUUUGUACCACUGUGUGAGAAGCUUAGCUGUGAAAGAACCUUUCCCUGGUGCUUCCAACAAUCUUCUUUUGUUGUUUGAGAAGAACAGGUCUUCUCCUUUGAAGUCUCUGUCUACUGAUGCAGAGUUUAACAUCUUAAACCCAUCAGAGAGGAAUGUUGUUGUGAAGGACUUAACGGCUGGAACUGAUUUAUUAUGGCCACUGGUGGUUCGAACUAUUAGCUUCUUUUUCCUUAAAUCCAGUUUUGAUGACUUUGGUUGCACGUUUGCAUCAACUAUGAGAGAGUUGGAUGCAGCCUUUGCAGCAGAUGAUAAGAGCCUAGAAGCCAUGCUGGAGUCUUAUCAAGUUAUGGACUUAUCAAGAAAGGGACCUUAUAGAAUCCUCCAACUUGUUGCGGUUUUGGUCUUCAUCUUCCACCACUUAGCCGAGUUUAAUGAAUCAGACAAGGCUAAAGAGGAAGUAAAGCUAACAAAAUUAGCUUUAACAAUGGUGAACAUCGUCAUGGGGAGAGUUGUUGAGAGAUGUUUGAAGACAAGCCCCUUGGAUUCUUGUCCUCUCUUGCCUGCUCUACUUGUGUUUCUAGACUACUUACCGUUUCUGCUUGACAAGACAGAAGAAGAAGAAGAAUGCAGGUUUGAUGAGAAGAGUGAGAUUUCUUUCUCUUACUUCUUUGACAAACUUGUUGAUCUCUUGAACCAGUUAAAGGUGGAAGGACAAAACUGUUCUGCUCUUUGGGAGGAUCAUGAACUGAGGUCAUUGGCUCCUCUUGCUCCUGUACAUCUGCUUCUGGAUUUCUCAAGUCAUAUGGAUCUAAGAGAGAGUUUUGUUAAUGGAAAGGAGAUUCGUCUUCAACGGAUUUUAAGUUCAGCUAUUAGGAUCUCAAGUAGACAGAAGAAGGGUUCUCAAAAGUGGUUGUUCUUAGACAAGCAAGGGACUUGGUCCUACUCAAAUGAACAGGGGAGUAACAUAACAUAUAUUGCUGUAGGAACUGUUGAGAAUGAGAGUGAAAGAUCUUUGCCUGCAGAAGAGGAAGAAGUCAUUCUUCUCAAGCCGCUUGUAAGGUCUCAGUCUGCUCCAAUCUCUUCUUCUGGCAUUGCAACGAACCCACUCAGCUCGAAUAACAAAACUUCAUCUGAUGAAAGCCUAAGACGUACCUCAUCACUCAUUGCGAACCAUAGCACACAGGAUACUAACUCUGAAAGCUUCAGCUUCACGCAAGGUCUUAAGAAUACAGAUCCACAAGGCACAGUCUCAGGAAGACCUCCAUCGCUAAGCGCGUGGGUAGUUGACAAGAACAAAGAGAAUGGAGGAGUAAGUAAGGCAAAAGGGUUAAGCCCUAUUGAUGAAACAAGUCCUGUCACAUCCUUUGAUAGUCUCUCAAUUUCUUCCUAUUCGCCUCCUACUCCAUCUGCUCCAUUACUUCCUGAAGACGCCUCUUGGUUUCAUAAUGGCCCUAUUGACGAACCCCCCGGUUUCAUGAAGACAUACACAAACUCGCCACAUGUUGGGAUGUCUUCUUCUGAAUGGUUGUGUCGUUAUAGAGAGAGUAGGAAGCUUGGACCAGCCUAUUCCUAUCAAGGUCAGGGGACAAACAACUUCUUGGCUCAUGGAUCUUCCAAGUUCAGUCUCUUAGCUAGGUACGGGACACCAAAUGAUCAGUCGAUGAUCACUACUGAAAACUCAAUGUUUCAUCCUCAGCUUUACAAUGAAUCUAGAGGAGAGAAGCUAUGGAAAGGUCAACAAAGCACAAGAAACGCUUAUGGCUUCAGUGAUGAUCCUGGACCGUUUCUUAGAUACUUGAGAGAGAAAGAGUGGCUGAAUGAGAAUGGUGAGAGGUUAAGAGAAGGUUGUAAGUGAGUGAGUUUACAAGAAACUGUCUCAAGUUGGCAAGUUGUAACAAACCUAUAGUUAUCCU